CUUCUUCUUCUUCUUCUUCUUCUUCGCACACAAAUAUAUAUUUUCGGUCGCUGCUGCGACGUCCUUUUUUUCUUCGGUUUCCUCGUUCCUGACCGACGACGUGCCGCGAUCUGUUUCUCUCGUGCCGGUGGUGAUACGUGCUCCGGUGUAUCAAUGUAUAUCACGUGUCCGUACCGUCGUCCUCGCCGCCGCUAUCACGGGAUUUCGGGUCGUCGGCUCGUGGAGAUGCUUCGUGACUCCUCGAGAGAGUCUUAAAGGAAAUUGUACCACCGCUCGGUUUCUUUGGAUACCAUCGAUAUUGGAUAAAGUGCGGACGAUCAAAAGGACAAGACGAUGUAUACUGACGGUCUCCUGACACUCCAUUAUGGGAAGCAUCCAGCGACCUUGGCCGCGGAGGUUGGGGCCUGGUACACCGGGGACCGUCACGUGGACGUGACGUUAGCUUGCGAUGAUGGUUCCGUCGUCAAGGCCCAUCGCGUAGUUUUGGCCGCAGCUAGUCCCCUUUUGGCUAGUCUCCUUCGCAACCCCGCGUUGGACCAUGUGGUCCACUUGUCUGGGGUUCGAAAAACCCAGCUGACGCAUCUGCUGGAAUUUCUUUAUAACGGGGAAGCUCUAAUUCCAUCGACAGAACUCACACCGUUGAGGGAACUAUUCGAGCUUCUUCAAAUAAAGUCGGAGUUGUUUGAGCCGAACCAACCUCAGAUUUCCAGCAACUCCGACCCCGAAAGGAUACCAACCCCUCAGCCCUCCGAGGGCCAGGAGAGUUCGAGUUACGAAUCGCAGUACGACGGCAGGCAAUCUAAUAAUCCUGCCGAUUGUUGCUCGGUAUUAAUAAAGACCGAGGGCUGCGAGGAGGAACCAGAAGUAGACGUCGAAGGCGUCGAAGGCGAAGCGCUUCUUACGGAGAACAGAGAGGGCAGUAUAGAACCGCCGCGACGGAGGGAUAGUUCCGAUCCCGUGAACUUAAGUUUAAACUCUGGGACUUCUACCACUAGCGAAAGUUCACACGAUAUUGUACCUAGGCCAGAAAAACAAUUAUUGGAAAGGCGGGAAUCUCUGGAAGAAGCCGAAGAGAGGAGGAGGCAAUUAGCGACCCGGCUCGCGCUGGGUUUGGAACCCGGGAAACGAAAACCCGAGGAAAUACCUAUCCCACCUGCGGAGGCGUACAUCGUGACGCCUCAUCGGAAGCGAAGGCCAGGCUUUCACAACGCACCCGCACAGAAUCCUGCCUUCGUACCGUUCAAUCCUGGAUUCGAGACGCCGAGACGGUUGCAAGCGCCACAUCCUCUCAGCGUCUCGGCACCUCCGUACCUGCAGGACAGGUCAGUGACGCCGCCAGGAGCGUCGCAUAGACCACCGAGCGCGGAUCCGGCGUCAGCAGCGGCUUUGGAACCACCCUGGGGUUCCUGGGCGCUACCACCUACGAGAGCACCCCCGCCCCCGCCGUCGGACGACCCGCCCAAGUCCACUCCCGUUCGCGAGUACCGGUGCAGCUACUGUGGAAAACAGUUCGGAAUGUCCUGGAACUUGAAAACGCACCUGCGAGUGCACACUGGUGAAAAACCGUUCGCGUGUAGACUUUGUGUCGCGAUGUUCAAGCAGAAGGCUCACCUGUUGAAGCACCUCUGCUCGGUCCACAGAGGCGUGAUAGCUGCGCCGGACAACACGUUCACUUGUUGCUUCUGUUCGUUAAGUUUCGAUAGUUUACAAGAGCUGAUCAGGCAUCUGUCCGGGCCGCACAAUAAUCUGCUCCUCAGCAAGAACCUGCACGACUAGCGACAUGGUUAAGGCCGACCGGUGCUAUGAAACGUGGCCUUGAAAACGCGUCCCGAUCAGAUUUCAUGUGAUCAUGAUGCCUGUUCGGGCAUGCAGUUCUCGUUCAGAUCAUUCAAAUUCGAAUCGCAGUGCAAACUACUAUAUUCAGUAUUCGAACAUGGAUUCAGCAUUUCAUUUAUUUCCACUUUCGCCGCGUCUGACGCGAAAUGUUUCGGUCUGAACGUCGAUCUCGAGGUAGCAGGGCCACUGCGUGAAAAAGUAACUAGCUCCAAUUAUUUUCAUACAUUUGAGAAUGUCUUUUGCAAAAACAAAAUGUAUUUUAGUAUUUCGAAUACAAGCGAUCGUUUUCGUAAGUUGAAAAUCAUUGGAGGCACGUCGAAGCACGUAGGCUUAGCACGACGCGUUGAACACGCGUCGGACAAUCGUUACCAUUAAAUAAAUUAAUAGAGUCGAUGCGUGCUAUGUUAUAAUGUGUCUGAUGAAAUUUUAACGAUUCUACAUAGAAACUAUUCGUCGUUAAAUAACGGAGCACCGGAAGGGCCUUUCACUAAAGCGUUACGUCGUUUUCGUCCUCUCAGUGAAGAAAUAUCCGAAGACGACGCAACCCGAUUUACUAUUACCUGUUUAUUAUAAUAAGCGAUGACCAGUAACUUUGACCAAAUGACGUAUUUCCGGCGGGGAAUGUGUCGGAUAUGUUCACGGUCUCCCAUCGGGAAACGUUAAGAAAGUCGGAACGAGAAUAAGAAUGUGAGAGAGACGAGAUAGAGGCGAGAGUCAAUUACCUUUGUCACGCGCCACGCCGUGUUCCGAUUCGCUGAACAGCGAACAGUGAAUUUUCGAAACGCACCUUCUCGUUGCGUCUUUACUUACUCGAAAAAGCUUUUAAACGCUUCCGUUCGCGUCACGUGACAGACAGAGCAGAGAGCCUCUCGUUUUACCUCAGCGCGCGCGCUAAAACAAUCUCAUAAUAAUGUAAUGUGUAAAUAAUAUCGUUAACGUUUAAGUGUAGUAGGAACAAAAGCGAACGGAUAUAAUAAUGAUUUAUUUAUUUUACACUUUGCAAAGGGACCAACUGAUUUUUCCACCGAUUUCUGUCUUAGGUAGAUUUUAGGUAUCCUGCCCCGUCAAUCGCCUCGAACAAAUUCAUUCGCUUUACGCAGAGUUCACGAACACGAUUUCCGAAAACUAAGUAUACGUAUCUAAAUGGAGAGACUUUUCAAUCGAAGCUGACUGGAGCACAAAAAGAUAUCGACGUUCUCCUUUCAAUGACUUUACGAAGAGGAACAUUAUCGGCGACGAGCACGCACGAUCUUUGAAGAAGCGACAAUAAUUAGUUUUCAUUUCGAAACGGCUCGUAGCCGAUCGAUGGAGCGAACGUUGCUAAUGUUCUUCCACGUACACGUCCGCACAAUCCUCGUCUUCCGAUUUACGCGCUUGUCCUCCUCUCGUGUUCUCUUUCCAUUUACUUUCCUCUAUUCUCCUUCGAAACGUCUUUGGUAUCUCAGCGAUUCGAGUGCCUUGUUAAAAUGGGUCCAAAUUGGUCGAUUGGGCAGUGAUUUCAUGUGUUCAUAGGCUUAAGAUAAGUACACGUGUAAGAUGACGAAUACGAGCUCGCUUAGGAAUUGAUGAGAAUAAAAAUACGCGUUAAUUAAUUCACAUAGAGAAGAUUUUAAAUAUUCACUCGAAUUAAUCCAAGUUUCGUUAGAGUCUAGAUAGAACGUUUUUCUCUUUUUUUUUAAGUAGUAGCUUUUUGUUUCUCUAAUUUCUUUUUUGUUGGCGCAGGACGUCAUGAUUUUUUUUUUAGACAGGUAUUAUUACCUAAGGUGCCUUGAGGAAGGGCCUCGACCUCUCUUUAACUCCUUGGCCAUACGAAAAUUCAAACCACGGAACAGGCGGUCUUAACGCAAAAUUGAAACAAUUCUAAUCUCAAAUUACACAUUAUACUGAAUAAUACCGUCUUUUUUCAUUCUUUCUAUACUCGCAGCUACAUUCCACGCAUUCACAAGUUCCGUAAGAAGAUUCUUAACUAUCAAUUGUGCAGUAGUACAUUUAAUCUGCCUUCUUUAAACAAAACUACUGCCUUCACAAUUUGCAAUAACGAUGAAAAACAAGACCGCUUGUUUCAUUUGCCUUUAGCAUGGCACGUUUGCAAGGAAAUAAGUAUCGAGUAUAAAAAUGCGUAUACUCGAUAGUAAUAAAAAAAGAAAGGAACGUAAGAAGAGGUUGGAGGGGUGGUGUGCGCUCUCAUUAAGCCAGGCAAAAAUGGCCAGCACAAAACAGUGAACGCAAUGUGAUACUAAAUGAUAAUAAAGAUAAAGUAAUUAUUGUUUAGCGUGCAACGCUUCGCACGGCGCAAUCGCACGGGCGCGACUCGUGGCUAUUUCGAUAAUAAAAUGAAACGAAUCUAAGGAGGGAGACACUCUUUCGAUCGCGGUAAGAAGAAGCUAUGACAGACAGACCUUUUUUUCUGCGAGCCGCUUGAAUAGAUAAUUCUUAGCGAACAUACUAACUAUUCGUCGUUUCCAAAUCUCCCGAUCCGGUCCCCCCCCCCCUGUCCCCCUAUCCGGCCCCUCGUCCACUCUUCUCGAGACGUAAGCGCACUAGGAUUACGUACACAGAUUAUUUUACCGUUAAUUAGUUACGUUUAUUGUGUAUAAAUACACACGCACUUGCGGCCAGAUGCCCCGAGAGGACACGAUGUUGUUUUAUUUUUCUUUUCCCUAAAAGACAUUGUGAAAAAUAAAAUCGUUCUCAAUGAACCUCUCAUAUUUUUUCUUCUAACUGUUGCUGAUAAUUUUAAUUAGCAAAUUUUCAUCGAGAGCUACACUGUUGUCAAGACUAAUCGUUUCUUGUUUCGUGGAAAUGAAAAAUUGAUGACGCGUAAUAUUAGUUUCGAUUGAUGCUCGAUCGCAGAUGAAGAGUAUGAAAAAUUGUCGUACAUUUUUAUGAGGAUACAUUCGUCUUACGUAGCCGUAUUGUCCAUAGUAUUUUCCCUCAUUCAAAUGGCACAGUUAAGAAAUAGUGCUCUUCGGACAUCUGGUCUGAGUUUCCUAGAAUUUAAGCAUCUUCCGAGCGGAAAGCGUUUUCCGCGUGCUUUCUUAGUGUUCAUAGAUUUACAAGAAAUAAAUUAAUUCAGAUGAGAAAUCUGUAAAAGAAGAUAAACGAGCGAGUGGAAACAA